CCCACCUGGGAAUCAGCCCUGCAAUGCUUUUGAGAUGCCGGUUCAGGUCAUUAAUCCCCAGUGGCCCAGAGUAAGCCUGCAGUAUGAUAAUAGUCUCUCUUAUGCUUUGCUGUAGGUGCGAAAGAAGAGGAGACCACGCCGUCCUCGGUUCAGUCUGUGCCGGAGUCUGCUGAGUCGCAGGGGCCCUCUGAGAAAGGCAACCAGCCAUCCAUGGAGGUGACUGAGGGCUGCUCUCAGUCCUACAUGUCUGUGGUGGUGGAGGGGCAGGAGGAGGAGGAGGAUGAGGGUCAUGAGGAGGAGGAGGUGGAGGAGGAUGAAGAAGAAGAAGAAAAGGAGCCCACCCUUCCACCAGAGCAAAAUGUGCAACACUCUGUUGAGGUGGCACCUAUGGACACUGAUGAGCCGCAGGAUGAUCCAAGGCCGAGUGGCUCAGGGUGCGAGGAGGAAUUAGUCGUCGACCAAAAAUUGGAGCCAGCAUCCAAUUCCUCAGUGUCUAACCCUGACCCCGACCCUGACCCUGACCCUGACCCAGACCCAGACCCAGACCCAGACCCAGACCCUGACCCUGAGGGAGAACCCCCGGGGUUGUCUUCGUUCCCCUGCCAGCACUGCGAGCGGCAUUUCAGCACCAAGCAAGGCCUGGAGCGGCACACCCACAUCCACGUCACUGCCAACCACCAGACCCACACUUUCAAGUGCCGGUACUGUGGCAAGUCCUUUGGCUCGCAGAUUGGCCGUCGCCGCCAUGAGCGGAGGCACGAAAACGGACCGAAGAAAAGGCUGGGCUCUCUCGGGGGCGCACUGGCAUCCCGCGGCCCCUCCCUUCAAACCGACAGCUCAAGCCCUGACCUGGUGGCGCCUUCUGGGAACUUCAUCAUCAUGGGCUCUCAGAACGGUGGUGAGCCUCGAGAGCGCCCAGCAGUAGAGAAGCAGUGCGCCCCAGCCUUGAUCAAGGUUGAGCGGACUUUUGCGCUUGACGAGAACGGCGAGUCGAAAGAGCUCCACCCGUGCAAGUACUGCAAGAAGGUUUUUGGCACCCACACAAAUAUGCGUAGGCACCAGCGGCGUAUUCACGAGCGCCACCUCCUACCCAAGGGUGUCCCCAGGAAAGGUCUGCUACUUCAGGAGGCACAGUCUGAGAAGCAGCCACCCCACCCGGCUCCAGAGGAGUCCUCCAAUUCCAGCCCCCCUCCCGUUUAUGUGCCCAGUGGAGACGCAGAGGAUGAGGGAGAUCAAGAGGAGGAGUACAUGGUGGACAUCUCCAGCAACAUCUCUGAGAACCUCAGCUUGUACAUUGACGGGAAGAUCUUGUCCACCAGCACUGUCAGCAGCUGCGAGGUGAUCGAGGUGGACUCAAGCUCUGCUGCUUUGUUUGGUCUUGAUGCCGUGAUCAUCAGUCCUGACCAGCUCAGUCAGGCUCUCAAGGUUGAAACCACAACGUGCACAGUGAAAGAAGUCCCAGGACAGUCUGCAACCAAAAGGAGGACAGCAACACCCCCUCUUCCUCCCAAAAUCAAAACUGAGUUGGAAUCUGACUCCAUUUUGCCGUCCUCAACCUCUUUGUCCUCCUCAUCCUCCUCCUCAUCUUCAUCUGUGGUGGGAGCCAUCUUCUCUCAACCCAUAGAGACAUUAGCCUUUCAGAAGGAGAAGAAUGUUUAUCUCUCCCCUAAACUUAAGCAGCUUUUGCAGACCCAUGAUAGCCAAAAACCCACUGUGGCUCUAAUCACAGACAGCCACAGAGUGGGUCCACCUCUUUCAGUGACCACAUUACCUGCAGGUCCAGGUCGGUUCAAAAGAAGAACGGCUUCCCCUCCCAACUCUCCACAGGACAGCCCCUCGCUCAAAGUUGAAGGCAUGAAGUCUGAGGUGGGGGUCUCGUUCACCCUGAAGGUACCAAAGCUGGAGAGCCAUUGCAGUUCCCCUGCCUGGAGUAUGUCAAGCAAAGAUGAGAGAGAUACCCUGAGUCCACCUGGGGUGGAUGCGUUUAAAGUUUCCACCAUGGACUGGCCAGCUAGUAGGAGUGGUGGUAGUUCCUGCAACCAGCAGCCACUGGACCUCUCUAACGCUGUAAGUAAAAGAAGUGACGGUGUUGGCAAGGGCCCGGGGGAGGUUGUUUUGGAUUUGAGCAUGCACAGAAAGCCCUCAGCUGAGCCUGACGCGAAGGGAGGCCCUGCCCCACAGCCACUUAUCAAGAAGAGGAAACCCAACACCAGCAUGCUGGAGAAAGUGUUGAUGAAUGAAUAUGCUGGCUUAGACAUAACAGGUAAUGAAGGUCCAGGUGUGUCAGCAAGCCAGGCUGCUUCAUCAGCUAUGGAACCUACCCUAGUCAGUGGUCCUGAUUCCCAGUCCCUUAGCUCUGAAGGACCUUUUUCUGAAUCUUCUUCCUCUAGCCAGCUUCACCCGCCCCCUCCCUCGCUAACUCCUGUAUCCAUGCACCCCCCUUCCCCUUGCACCCCUGCUCUUGGAUCCCCAACCCCACCCCCUCCAGUUCUACCCACUGUUCCUUCCCCUCUUUCUGUUUCAAUGUCCUGUGAACCUCAGUCUACAUGCUCCCCAACUGGGUCACCUCUGCCAGUUCUAUCUCCAAAAACAUCCCCCAGGCAUACUGGAAUGUGCGAGGAAGAAUCCCCAAGUUCAUCAGAGCUGGACUUGACUCCUCAGAACUCGACUUCCAUGCCAGUUGUGAGUUCUGAUUCGGGCAAUGCGGAUGCUGAUUCUAAACUCCCCAGUUCUUCUCUUAGCCCAAAAGAUUGCGUGUUGUUUGCAGAUUCCUCAGUAAGCCAUGUAGCCCUACAGGCUUGCACGAUAAGUUCGCUAACAGGCUCUGAAGAGCAGUCAUCUUCUCCUUCCGUUACCCUUGGCAAUUCCAGUAUUCACCCGCUAAGCAUUGCUCAUAGCUCAGUUGUCAUUGAAUGUACUGUGUCUGUCGGAUCAUCUGAGAAUGAUGUUUGUGCUCCGUUGACUGUGCAAGAGAAUCCUCUAGUAGUAUCUCCAGCUGGGAAUGUGGUUAUUCUAGAGCAGGCGAUAGUGUCUGUACAACAGCAGCCUCUUUCACCUGCACCAUCUCUUGAGCCCCCUGUCCUUGUCGCUUCCUUACCAGAAUCAGCCGUUCCUCCUGCUAUGAUAUCAGAAAGCCCACCCGCUCUAGUGUUAUCUCCUCCCACUGUAAUUUCUGCUGUAGUCAAAGAAGAAGCCCAGCAUAAAGAGGAGCUGGACACACAGGUCAGCACAAUGGGUGCAGUAUCUUCAGCUCCUCCAACGGGGGCAGACACGAGUGCCAAUGAGGAGGAAACGCAGCAGGAUGCCUUCUCCAAGAGCUUUACGUGCAAUGUUUGUGAGACGCCUUUCCGCUCCAUAAAGGAGCUGAGUCACCACAUCGCUGAGCAUGCGGAGGAGUGGCCAUUUAAGUGCGAGUUCUGUGUGCUGCUUUUCGGGAAUGCUUCAGCCCUGCUGGAGCACCGCUCCACCCUCCACGGCGUGGGCAAGAAUUACAUCUGCUCGGUCUGCACCAAGGAGUUUGCGUUCCUCUGCAACCUCCAGCAGCACCAGAAGGACCUGCACCCUGGCCAGGACUGCGCGCACACCGAGGUGGAAAACGGCAAACUGAGGCCGCAGAACUACAACAAUCCAAGCAGAGCAAGCACCGAGUCCUCUCCCUCGACGGCUACCAGCGAUCAUUCGGGAGGUGCGGGGACUGCAUUCCAGCCAUCUGCCGACAUUCCAAAAGAGGAGGAGGAGGAGGAGGAGGAGGAGGACCUCGACAACUCGACGGAAGAACUCUACACUACAAUAAAGAUCAUGGCCUCUGAAGGGGGCAAGCCGAAAGGGCCGGACGUGCGCCUCGGCAUGAACCAACACUACCCCAGCUUUAAGCCUCCUCCCUUUCCCUAUCACAAUCGCACGCCCGCCGGCUCUGUGGCCUCAGCCACCAACUUCACCACCCACAACAUCCCGCAGACCUUCAGCACGGCUAUCCGCUGCACCAAGUGCGGCAAAAGCUUCGACAACAUGCCCGAGCUGCACAAGCACAUCUUGGCCUGCGCCAACGCCAGCGACAAGAAGCGCUACACCCCCAAGAAGAACCCCAUUCCCCUCAAGCAGAUAGCGAAGCCGCAGAAUGGCGUGCUCUCGCCGGCAGCAGCGGUGGCAGCGAACACUGGGCAGAACGCCUUCCGCCGGAUGGGUCAACCCAAGAGGCUCAACUUCAGCCAGGAGCCUUCUGCCAAGAUUAAACUGAGUGCACUUAACAAGAAGAAGAACCAGCUGGUGCAGAAGGCGAUCUCACAGAGGAACAAGACUGCCGCCAGCGCCAAGAAGGGCUCCGCCCUGGCGGAGGAGGAGCCGGAGGUCCACGUGUGCCCACACUGCAGCCGGGAGUUCACUUACCGCGGCAGCCUCAACAAGCACGUGGCGGUCAGCUGUCCCAUGAAACCGGUGUCCAAGAAACCCAAGAAGGGCGACGGGCACCCCCAGGAGAACAACGGGAGCCUUCGUAGGCGGAUGCCGGACUCUGAAGUGAAGCAGCUGGGAACAAAUGGCGGGCAGAAAACCUUGGGGAAAACCAGGGCUCGCAGCACUGGGCCUGAGGCAGGCGGUGCCAAGUUGGCCCAGUCCAGCAAAGGCAGAAUGGCUGCCCAGCCGCUGCGGGCAAAGAGGCCGGCCUCCUUCCCAGCAGCGACAGUGCCCUUUAGCAAGAAAAGCAAAACUGUCGUCAAAGGAAAUCUCCAAACGCAGCAGCAGCAGCAGUCAUCGUCUCCAGCUCUACAUCCGGUGUCCCCGGCGCCCUCUGGUGGCCCUUCGCAGCGGCAGGCUGGACGGAUGCAGCGCGGGGGCGGGAAGGAGAUCCCGCCCAAGAAGGCGGCUGAGGUGAAGGCGCAGCAACCUCACCCCCAGCCCAAGAAAGAGGAGCGCUUCCCUAUGAGGAUGCGGGAGCGGGUGGGCGGCCCCGUCACCCGCAGCCUGCAGCAGGCCAGUCUCACAGCGUCCGGCGAGGCCAAGGGCGGGGAGGGCGUGGCCAGCGCGGAGCCCACGGAGUCCCAGGACGCUUCAUCGAAGCUGGCGGGGUAGAGAGCUGGGGAUUGGGGGCGGGGCGGGGGGGGGGAGGCGGCUGUCUGUCGCGAGAGCCUUGCGGACGCUUGUUGGAAGUCGGAUGGUGGGAAAGGCGAGGACCGCGCACGAGGCCAUCCACAGGCUUCCGUCGCCACGCCCCCCCCCACCGCAGCGUGCACGUGAAGGAGCACAGGAUGCUGGCCAGAUCUCCAUGGCGACCGCUGGCCACAACGGACUGGUUCAGGGACCCAAAACCUGCAGUUGUGGCGCACAGGUGGGGGAGCUCAUCGUGAAUCUUGAAGACGGAACUCUCGACUCUUCUUGUCAGCUGCACUUGGGCAGAGCCUUUCCCAAUGCACUUUGAACUAAAUUUUCCCCAUCUGAUUUGAAUAUUAUAUUUAAAAAAAAAAAAAAAAACAGUGAUGCUGAUGAUACAAGACUAUAGACUGAUGAUUUUUUGACCUGUGGGGUCGACAGUGGGGUCCCAAUUAAGACUAAUUGCUGAUCCCCUGCAAGCGGCAAUCAUGUGUGACUUGUACACGCCAGCAGCCCAGUCUGUUAUCAGUUUGCCUUCAGGUUUUUUUUAAGGUUGUCCUGUAAUGCAUGUGGUAAUUAUACUGUACAACUAGAGGGAGCCCCAUGUUCUGUUUGUUUCUUACCUUAACUCCUGCAUCAUUUAUUAAUAUGAAUGAUAUGCAAAAAAUGUAUCUACAUUUAAUUUAAUGCUUCAGAGCGAAUUAGUUAUGUGAUGGAAUCAUAUCUCUAUUGUAAAGAGAGAAGCAUGUUUUUUUUUCUGUUCAUUCCAAGGGUUAAGAAAACCAUUUAAAAACGGGCAGUAGAAUUGGGAAGUGAGCCAUGAGCUCCCUCCCCCAGCCCUCAUUACAGGCUAAACGUGUGACGCACGUUGUUGCACCCUGCAGAUGUUUCAUGUUCCGUUCCCCCGUACUGCAAGAAUAUGGACGGCUCGCGCACGUCCGAUUAACGUACCCGGCCGCUGCGAAGACGAGCGCACCUCAGCCGGAUUAGGGUUCACGCGUACCAGCUCUAUGACGGCCCCUGCCUGCUUUCAUCACACACCUUUUCAAACCGCCUGUUGGAGGUUACGAUCUCAUGUCGAAUUUAACCGUGUAUUACCAGGCGAUAUGCUUUAUCUCUGUGUGUCUGCACAUCAAAGGGCUUGGUAGCUAACUGGAAUCUCGCAUUCAAACACGUCCCUACCUUGCGCUUCAAGCUGUGAAAGGCCAACUUUAAUCGUUGCUGUCGGUUUUUGAAAACACUACGCUUUUGUUGUUUUGAUGGACAGAGACUCCUGAAGUCCCAGGGUGGUUCAUGGAAAUAUUACAGCAUUACUUUACAUGUAGCACCUGUCACAGUGGCAGAGAGAAAAAUGGCAUGAUUUGAAACUUGGAGGUCUGAUUUUUAUUUAAUUCUCUUUUGUCUGGGUGUGUGCUGUAUACUGUAACAUACAUUGUUUUAAACAGUGUACCCUUUUCACCUUCUGCGGCAGGAAGAAGUAUUACGUUUUGUGUCGCGCAGUUCAGAAGGUAACAUUCUGGAAUGAGUGUUUUUCUAAAAACAAAGGGACAAAGGCUUGUGCUUUGAGUAGUCGAGUAUUGCUUCCUCCCCCAAAAUUCUGGACAGCGUCCAACAUGAUGACACGCGUUCCUCUGACUUCUGCUUUUUGACAUUAGGCUGUGUAAUCGACUUGUCGUGCACCCAUUUGUUUCCUGCCGGUGGGCUCAUUUUGAGAUAUGAAUACUCUUUCAUAUGGGGUACGUAGAGGGAUGAUGACAGCGACUGUUCAGCUGACGCAACAUGGAGGGGGAGAACGUUUCAUGUGCUGUGCAGAUUCCCAGACAAGCCUUUUUUAGCUCUGUCUUACAGAGCCACCGUCUGUAAAGUGUGAGGCGUAUUCUUCGAAGUGACCGUUAGGUGCUCUCUCUAAAAAGACUUGUGUCUUGGUGUCUGCAAGGCUGUACACCACACGUGUGCGUGUACAUGUCCCUCUAGUCUGCCAUUUUGCUUUCAGUUCCGGCGCUCGAGAAAGUAGCAUUUUUCCCCUGCAGCUCAAGCUGUUGGAAACUGGCAUUGAGAUUGAUGAUGAACAUUAAUGCCUUCAUUAGGCUAUACCCCCCAGAGAUAGACCGUCAGAGAAACCCAGCUCGCUGGCGUCAAAUGGAAAUGGAGAGUCCAAACUCGCAGGCAGCAAAGUGCUCUGCAGUGUGAACCCGAGACAGAUUUAAAGGCAAAACGGUGCAUUGAAAGAGGUCAUCAGUGUUAAAAGUUGAGCCCUAGCAUAAACUACCCGGUGAAUGGUUGCCAUGACGGUAGCCGUUUUCCUUUUCCUUUAAAAAGAAGUUUUAAAAAAAA